UUUCUCAUUUUUAAUUAUUCAUAAAUAACACGAAAAUUGGUUAGGCCUAGGAUAUACGUCUAUACUCUACCUAUGUUAUCGAUUUGAUGACUGAUAUGUUUAUCAUUAAUGAGGGAGCCGGGAUCGAGAAAUCACCGACAUACGUCACUCAUUAACUGGUGAUCGUCUCUAAUAUAUUUUACCACGGGGAUACCUUAAGUUCCCGAAUAACGUAGCUCUGACAUUAUGUGGUGGUCUGUGCGAUGUGAAUGACUGAUCUAGAGAAUUUUUUAUAGAAGAUUUUCAUAAAUCCAGGAAGCGUUAAAACUCUGAUAGAGGGACUCGGUUUUCAUUCAUAAAAACAAAUUCUUAAUGCCUUGGAUUAACCGCGAAGGAUUUGCGAGAUUUAUUUUUAAAACGUGAACGACCCUUGUUUAACUUGUAUCAACUCAUCAACUGACACGGUUGUGCCUUAUUUCAAAAAUUGAUAAAUAGAUGGAUGUGAAGAGGGCUUAGACUUUGCUCCAGGACCUUUAGGAGAUUGAAUGGAGUUCUAGUACAUCUGAUUUCAAGCUUCGUGUACUUAGCGGGGUCGCUUAUCUCAAGGAGAAGGAGAAAAAACUUGAUGAUGAGAGACAAAUCUCAUUAUUACGGAAAAACUGAAUUUUUGAACAUAUCAUGAAUGAUAUUCCGAUGAUUUAGAAACGAGAUGUCAGUGAAUACGGUGUGAGAGAUAAAAUUGUCUGCAGUUCAUUCGUUGAAGGAUUUUAUGAGUGUGGCGGAUAUUAUUUUUGACAAACACCUUCUGGAAAAAUAAGGAACUCUGUUUUUAAUGAAAACAUCCACCGCGAGGUAUACCUUACUUUCAAGGUAAGGGCUGUAAACAAUGUGAUCGCGCUCUGUUAAGCAGAAUUUAAUUUUGUGUGUAGGAGGAAAUUUAACACCGAAUAUUUAUACGGAAAGAGAAAAGAAACACAAUUAUCUAAAAUGGAAAAAUCUACUGAUAUUCCAUAUCCAACAAACUUGAAAGAAUGUUUAGAAAGCCAGGGAGAGAAGAUAUACAAAUUCCCUAAGCCUUUUUUCUGUAAUGCCACAUGGGAUACUAUCCUUUGCUGGCCGCCCACCCUCAAAGGGGUCACUUUCAAAGUCGCCUGUCCGGAAUAUCUCGGAGUUGGUCCAGACAAAUUCGCAUAUAAGACAUGCGGAAGUGACGGAAAAUGGGCAGGGUUACAUCCAGGUUCCAAGGAAUACCAAGAUUGGGAGCCUGGAUGGACAAAUUACAGCGAGUGCACAGGGGUCAUUUACGAAUCUGUUGAAAACAAUGACACAUUUGAUGUGAAUGUGUCCGAAGCGGCCCCUAUCAGUUUCGGAACACUUCCUUUGAAUUACGACGGAGCGGACAUACUAGCGUGUGUUUUACUGUCAAUGUCCAUCAUAUUCACGAUGGCUGCUAUCGGAAUUUCAUGUUUUUCCAAAGGAAUACAAGCAACUCGAGUUCGCCUUUAUCGCAAUCUGUUUGCAGCUUUUUUGUUUCAUGACAUUCUCGAUCUCGUGAUGAAUAUCGGUCGAAUUCUUCAAAGCAGUGACGUCAUAAAUGACGUGAAACCUUGUGUGGCCAUGGGAGUACUCGUAACAUUGACAUCCUCUGCCAUUUUCGUUUGGAUACUUAUUCUCGGGAUUUACUAUUUGCUGACCAUGAAGAGCGUCGUGAUCGAGAGAAGAAUGUAUUUUGUACUCUGUCUGCUGGGAUGGUUCGUUCCUACAGUAAUUACCAUCACCUGGUUAAGUAUAACUGUGAUCUACGGUAAGACCUACUGCUGGUUUGGGGAAUUAUUUAUCGCCACACUUCAGUCUAGCUUCUGGAUAAUUGAGUCGACGAAUAUGUUUUUCUUGGCGCUUACAUGGUUUUUCAUCAUUUACUUUUUGUGUAAGUACAAUGAUCAGGAAACAAGCAGACGCCAUAAUGAAAAUAAAGAACUUGCUGUUGAACUUGGAAACAUCCGGUCAAGCGCCAUCAAGAUCGUAAUCAUUCUAACGUUUGUAACAGUCGCGUAUCUCGUUUAUAUGGCGUUUGCGCAUAAUACUGACUCGGAACCCCUCGCAUACAUGUUUGUGUUGACUGUAUAUUCGCGUGGGGUACUGACCCCAAUCUUCCUGUGCUAUUUUGACGAGAAUAGUCAUUGUUGGGAUGGUUUUUAUAAUGUAAUCAGUACGGAGAAUGUUGAGGAUAGUGACGGAGCUUCUACUUCCUCUAUGAGUAUUUAAAUGUACGUUUAGGCAGUCUGAAUGAAGCUGAAUACAAAAUCACUGCUCUUAAAAAAAUCCAACUUUUUCAUCGAAAAAUCUUCAUCGAUAGAAUUAAUUUCCGCUUUUGAUAGUUUAGAUUUAGUGUAGUCUUAAUCUCUUUAAUGGAAAUCGAGCAAAGCUGAUUGUGGAAAAUAAAUAACCAAAAAAAUACGGCAUUAGAUAUCCAAGACAAAUUUCCAUGAUAGUGAAAAAUAAGUGCAUUUUUUCUUGUAUAUAGACAUUCAAACAGCGGCGACAAGACAAAAGAAUUCUAUACACAAUACAGAGCCCACAUUCUGCAAUACAGUGUUGUGAACUUGUACAUAGAUAUAUUAAAUCUUAGUUACAUAGCAGUAAUAUUGACGUAUUUUUACACGAGAUAUCUGUGAUAAUCCAAGACGAUGUCUAUAUAUAGAAGUGUCCUUUAUGUACUAGAUGUGUUUUAAUGUCUGCGCCAAUAUUUCAUUUUUGUUGCGUUUCGUGUUCAACGACUUGCAAAAAGUAGAAAUUAAAUAGAAACGAAACGAAAUAGAUAUCAUUAUGGCUUCGUUACUAUUUCGGUUCUGCUUUUACCAAACUUGUCAUUGUCUAGAUCUUAUCAGUUACAAUGUGUAACAAAAUAACUAACGCUAGCGUGACUGUGAUUGUUGAGUCGGAAUUUCUUUUAAUUUUUGCUUUUUUUUUUUUAAUAUUUUGUAUUUUGAUUUACAUAUUGUGUAUUCGUGACUUGUAUCAUCUUCAAAGCGACGUCUAAGUGAUAUGUAUCAUUGUAAUUACAUUUAUUUGUAUGGCAAUGCAAAUUUUAAACAGGAAAAGUGUAAUUUAUUGUACUGUAAAUGACAUCUAUGGUGAGACGUAAUUCUUGUUGUCAGUAGAGACGGCAAAGGUAUACCGUCAAAAUAACAAUUCAACCAAAAGAAUGUUGCCGUCAGUAAACAACUAUAUGAUGAAGCACACGAAACAGCGAAAAGUGAAAGAAUUGAAAACGUAGUCUUUAAACAUUAUAGUAUGAAUAGUCGUUAUAAUGCAAUAGUACGCUAGGGUGGUUUCCUUAGUUCUGUCUUUUAUAAUGAUCAUAAAUGCCAUAGCAUGCUAUUUCAGUGCUUAAAUGAAUUGAUAAUUUACAGGACAUAAAGCCUAUAAAUACAAGAAAUUUUCCACGUCGAAAUUGAAGUAGUUGAUAGGUAAAUAGAUACUUAUCUCUCUCCUAAAUGAGGGGGAUGCAAGUAGCCCCCUCACGUCGCCAGAACACUGACGUUCGUCGGUGUGACGGUGUACGAACAAGGGAGGAGUCGCGGAGACGGAAAACCUGUCAGUCAACCAACCAACCAUUUUCCGUCUCAUAAAAGAACCGAUAUGAGCAACUGAACUGGGAUAGUACAAGUAAAUACUAACGAGUAACCGAUAGACAAUCUCAAUGUGUGUCUAAUAUUCACGAAUUCCGUUAUAGUUAUAGGAUGUAGCAUUGAGACGUUCAUUAAGCCUGGUUAGUUCCGGUCAGUAAUAGUACAAUUUUGUAUCGCCCAGUCUAUACCAAAUCAGUAAUUUAUAAAUCGCUUAGUCUUUACCUAACCUUCUUAACCAGUUGAAACUUUUUUAGUUUGGUCAAUGACUUAUAAAUCGCUUAGUCUUUACCCAACUUGCUUAACCAGAUUAAAUUUGCUAAGUCUAGUCAGUAACUUAUAAAUCCCUUCGUCUCUACUAAACCUGGUCAGAAACAUACCAAUAGAUUAGUCCUUAUCAAAGCUGACCAGUGGCUUAGCAAUCGUGCUACGUACCAGUCAUAAAGUUAUUUUGCGUCCGAAAAGGAUGGAAACUAUCAAAAGACCUUUGUAACGUGUUCUGUCAAAUGCCUUGAGUUCUAUCACGUGACCACUGCAACUCGUUCUGCCAUGUGACUUGAGUACUAUCACGUGACUAUUGAACUUGCUCCGUUUCACUUGACCAUUGUACUCUGUGUAAGCUGUUACCUACUAUUGUAAAUGUAUGUCACAACAAUUACUUUCAGUAUCCUGUUACCAUUGUAUUCCGUCACAGUGUCUAUUAAAAUGUUGAUAUCAUACUUA